UCGUGCAUACAUUCACAUAUUUUCAUGCAUAAGAGCUGUAGUUUUGCAUAAUCAUUUUAUAAGUGUAAUACUCAAAAAUGUGUUUGAAAAAUUUGCCAUCUCUCCUAUGUGCCUUGACACUUUUUACAAUAUGUCAUAGUUUUAAGGUCGAUCGAGCAGCAGGGCCUGGCACACUUAUCGUCGGGGGCAGUCCCGCCGCAAGAGGCGAAUUCCCAUGGCUCGUUUCCAUCCAAUUGAAGGACUUUGGACAUAUUUGUGGAGGAACGAUUUUGAAUAGUGAAUGGAUUCUAACGGCGGCGCACUGCAUGUUUGAAGAAUAUCAAAGUGAAUAUCAAAUCGUAGCGGGAGAUCAUUUGCAAAACCAGACUGACCCUUCUGAACAGAUCGUGGAUGCCGAGGACUUCUUCGUUCAUGGAAAUUACGACGACGAUUAUCUUAAAAAUGACAUUGGUCUAAUCCGCCUAAAAUCUCCCAUCAAAUUUGACGACGUUGUCAAAGCUGCCAAAAUCGGGGAUAACACGACGAGCGCAGAAAACCAGCUGAUCACAGCUGGUUGGGGCGACACAGAGUAUGGGACUCCCUCCAGCAGUAUCCAGCUUCUCAAGGUGACCGUUCCACUCCGACCGAAUGCUGACUGUGACCUAGCCUAUGGCGAAUUUGGAUAUACCGGCGUAAGGCAAAUUUGUGCGGGGAUUGGCGGGAAAGACAGCUGUUCCGGUGACUCUGGGGGCGGAUUGAUUAAUGCGGGGGACAAGACGGUUGUGGGCAUAGUUUCAUAUGGUAUCGAAUGCGGGCUUCAAGCAUUUCCUGGAGUUUACACGAGAAUUAGUUACUAUCAUGACUGGAUUAUGACGACGAUUAGUAAAGCAGAGAGUACGACGACGACUAGAAGAGUGGAUAGCACGACGACGACGACUAGUCCAACAGACAGCACGAAGACGACUACGACAACUAGUCGAGUAGAGAGUACGACGACUGGACCCCCAGAUAAUAAGGGCAGUACUAUCGCUCUACACACAAAAUUUGCUGUAUUUUUGGCAUCCAUUUUCCAAAUGUUGUAAAAUAUUGAAUAAAUUUGAAAACUUUAAUGUAUGUUUCGAUGGUAGCAAGGUUUUCAUUAAAAUUAAGCAAACUAGUAU